AUGGGGAACUGGAUGCUGGAAGUGUUUCGCAUGGGAGUCUACGUGUCUUUUCCGGUCGUUGCAUUUUACUGCUUCAAUCAGCCGCAGUUCUUUGAAGAAUGGGUAAUUCAAACCAAACAGGAAUGUUUUCCACCGGAAAGCAAGUCGCAUCCGCCGGAACUGAAGGAGGCCAUUGCGGAGUUCCAGAGGAAACACCAGGAGAAGCUGUUGAAGCAAUUGGGUGACAAGAAGUGA